AUGGCAAACCGCGGCUGUUCUCUUCUUGUGCGCAACUUGCGCUAUGAAACGACAGCUGAUAAGGUGCGAGAAGUGUUUGAAAAAGUUGGGCGCGUCAAGGAUGUCUAUCUGCCCAUUGAUCACACCACAAAGGAACCUCGGGGCUUUGGUUUCGUCGAGUACUACGAGGAGAAGGAUGCUCAGGAUGCUGUACAUGAAUUCGAUAGAUUUAUACUUGAUGGCAACGAGCUCUCCGUAAUCAUUGCGCAGGACAGACGGAAAUCUCCCCAUACCAUGCGGAGAAUCCUCGCGGAGCGUCAGAAUGGCCCUUAUCAGGGGCGUGGGAUGCCACCGCGUCAGGGGGGUUAUGGUGGAUACCGCUAUGAUGCCCGUGGUGGUCGCUACGAUAGGGGCUACGAUGGAGGAGGAUAUGGUGGCAAUUACAGGGGGAACGGGGAGGCGUACGGCCGCCGAGGCCGCGACGGGUACGACGGUGGCUACGAUGACUAUCGACGAGACGGCUAUAGAGGCGGCGUAGAAGACGACAGGCGCCGUGGGGGCCGCAGCAGAAGCAGAUCGAGGCAACGCGAUGGCUAUCGAGGAGAUCGCUACCGCUACCCACCUGGGGAUGGAGGACGUCGCGGGCGCUAUCACGAUAGAGACAGAGAAGACGACUACGAUACAAGGCAUCGUUCAGAAUCUCGUUAG